GUUCAGGGAUACUGUGGAUAUCUCCGCCCUUCUCACAACAAACAGUCAUUCAAAAACAGUUCAUGUGAUUAUUCAGUUACUUUCGAGGAGGGGGAGGAGUCUAUAUCCUAGAGCGAAGUGCUGUGUGGAUGUCCAAUGUAGCAAAAGUUAAACUUGACAGCACUUUUGAACAGCACAACAUGUGGCUCACUGUUGUUGUUAAAUUUAUGUUGGGAAAUUCUGGACCAAACCCUUUUGAUAUUGACACCCGCGAGCCGCCAAAACCAAUCGUGCUGGACCGAAAGCUGAAGAACAAAUUGCUGAAACAAGGCUUCUUGGCUAGUAAGAUCCCCCAGGACUUGGAUGCAAUAGUGGUUGGGAGUGGGAUUGGUGGACUGGCCAUUGCUGUUCUGUUGGCUAAAGUGAGUAAAAGAGUUCUGGUUCUGGAGCAACAUGACCGGGCUGGAGGAUGCUGUCACACCUUCACAGAGCAAGCCUUUGAGUUUGAUGUUGAAAGUAGGGAAUGGCGUGUGGUUCAUAGUCCUGUUGAAGCUACUCCCGGUUCCUCUUGCAAACUUCCUGGUGUACACAGGCCUGGCCAAGCGCCUCUCUAUCUUCUUUCGCUACGCGUCCUGUAGCCUGACUGAUGUGGUGAAUGAACUUACACAGAAUAAGGACUUAAGAGCCGUGUUUUGCUACAUCUUUGGAACCUAUGGUAAACUUCUGAAUGCACAGUUUGCUUGUUAGCCACUAUCUGAAUGGUGCGUGGUACCCAAAAGGUGGUGCUAGUGAGAUUGCCUACCACAUGAUCCCCAUCAUUGAGAAGGCAGGAGGGGCGGUGCUUGUUAGAGCUCCUGUCAACCGAAUACUCCUCAACAACGCUAAAGAGGCUAUUGGUGUGAGUGUUAUGAAGGGGCAGGAGGAGGUGUACAUACACGCACCCAUGGUGAUUUCAGAUGCUGGAAUCUUUAAAACCUACCAGCAGCUCCUACCAAAAGAUGUGCAGGCCAUGCCAGAAACAGCUGAGUAUGGUGCAGAACGGAGAUGGUGGUCUCAGUAUUUUCAUUGGUCUGGAUGGGACGAAAGAGGAGCUGGGCCUAAAAGCAGAUAAUUACUGGAUCUUUCUUGAGAACAACUUGGAUGACCUGGUGGAGGGGUACAUGAAGGGGAACAGGGAAGAAUCUGCAAAGAAUGUCCCUGUGAUUUUUGUGGCCUCACCCUCUGCCAAAGACCUAACCUGGCAGGAGAGAAGUCCAGGUAAAUCCACCCUAACUGUAGUUAGCUUUGCUAACUAUGCGUGGUUUGAAGAGUGGAAGGAUGACAAAGUGAAGAAUAGAAGUGCAGAUUAUAAGGAACUGAAGGAGAUGUUCAUAAAUAGUGUUGUUGAGGCGGUGACUCAGAUCUUCCCUAAGAUACAGGACAGGAUAGAAUUUGUGGAUGCAGGCACCCCAAUCACAAAUCAGCACUACAUUGGCGCACCUAAAGGGGAGAUCUACGGUGCUGAUCAUGGACUUCCUCGCUUUAGCGUGGAACUAAAUGCCACCAUCAGACCUCGGACACCCAUUAAGAACCUCUUCCUAACAGGCCAGGAUUUGUUUUUGUGUGGUUUUGCUGGAGCAUUGACCGGAGCAUUGACGUGUGGUUCAGUUCUCCUGAAUCGUUAUCUUCACCUGGAUACCUUUGCCCUAGCCAAGAAAGUCAAGGUUAUAGGAGGACAGGCCCAAAGAAAGUCCUGUUUGCUUCAGUCCUGCCUGGGAAAUAGUCCACAACACAGCUACUCCCCAGCCUAGCCCAUGAGGAGAAUCACUUACUGUCUCAAUGUUUGACAUUUAAUCGAACUCAUCGCAUCUUGGCCUGCAAAGCUUUGGCCCACCCUUUCCUGGCAGGACCCUAGUGUCAGCACAAAGCUGAACAUUGAUGAGUGAAGAGAGCAUAUUUGCAGAUUGAGACUGGACUUCUCCCAUCCACCAAUAUUUUUUCUGCCACAAGAUCUGUAAGAUUAUUUGUCACAGAAAUAUGAAUGAACAUUUUGAUAAAAAAAAAAAAUUAUAAUGAAAAAAAAAAAUAAAAAUAGCACUGUCCAGCACUGGUUGAUCAAUGAUGAAACUGUUUGAUUUGAUUAAGUUUAAUUGAUAUCAAGCAUAUGGGUGGUUCUUUUGUUUAUCUUUCUAACUUGGGGUACAAAUAUUCUUAGUAAAUGUGAAGAUACUACUAAGUUGAAUUUUUGAAGCCAAGUGAGUUGUGUGUAAAAAAAAAAGAAAGAAAAGAAAGAAGCCUCUAUUGGGAAUUUAGUUUGAAAUUUUUGUUCCUCUUUGAUGAAUUAAAGAUGAACACAAACUAGAUCCAACAGUGCAUGUCUGUUGUUAAAUGUGCUGAGAUUGAUAUUUUUUUGCAUCAACAAGCUUGGUUUAGGCAUAGUUAUAACCUGUAAUAACAGUGUAAUUAACCAAUUAAAUCACACUGUAUUUGUUCUAAAUUGUCAUUGUUAUGACCUGUAAUAACAGUGUAAUUAACCAAUUAAAUCACACUGUAUUUGUUCUAAAUUGGCAUUGUUAUGACCUGUAAUAACAGUGUAAUUAACCAAUUAAAUCACACUGUAUGUGUUCUAAAUUGUCUUUGUUAU